AUGGGAGGAUCGCACUCCAAACCUGUUACUAUAGACAUUAACAACCGUCCUGGAAGUACUGGAGAUCAAGUCCAAAAGGAUGGGAAAGGAGGGUACUUCUAUCGUACUGAUGAUGGCGGAAAAGUUCUUCUAACGGAUGAAUGGUAUCCUGACUUAGAGGGGACUUACAGGAAGUUUACUCAUAGACCAAGGGAUGGUAAGAUAAGUAAGAUUAAUAAGGGAGGAGAAUCUCAGACUGGGCUUGGGACCUUAACUACUUAUGAUAGCGUCUCAGUCUACUACUGGUCAGGAGAUAAUAGUUUCAGCAACCCUCUCCUCAUACAACUUUGCGAAGGAGAUAAAUACUACACUACAACUGGUAACAACACUUGGAGUAAACAGAAUAGUAUAACCUUUGAUAAACUCAAACAAGGUCUUGAUAAAGAGAACUGCCUUAAGAACAAGGCUCACAUCGUAAAAAUCGCGGAGAAGCCUAGUUCUAGUACUACUUACCAAUGUUUCAGUUGUAGAGCAAGUAUCCAAGUAUACCCUGGCAGUGACUCCUCCGGAGAUACCACCUACUACGGACAUACUAUUACUUCAGUCUCUGGCUUUAAGAAUGGUGGAAAGUGGCAAGUUGGAUUCCCAUCUAUUAGGGGUGUUGGAGUCAUAUUCGUUUACUGGGAUACUUCUGAACAAAAACCUGUUCUAAUUCGAUAUCAAACUGGAAAUCCAAGAUACUUCAGAAAAAGCGCUGAGAAUGGAACUUCCUGGAUUGAAGUAUCAAACGCUCCUCCAGCUCCUAAUCAAGCCUCAUCUCUCCAAACUCCUACUCUACCUCUAGAUCUCUCUAAUACAGAUGGAAAAUACAAUUAUCAAGGUACUACUAAUAUAAUUAUGGCUGUACUGCUCAGUCACAUCAGCGAUGGUUAUUCUAAAUUUGAGCAUUCUUUCAGGGGUACACCAUUCAAGGUUACUGAAAUCAAGCAUGGUCAAACUACUCAACUUUCUGGUAUAUCCUCUUCUAACCCCCUACUUAGUGUUUCCGCAUACUAUCUAGGAGACAGUCCCAAUCUGUCUAAGCUUCUCCUGGUUGAACUGAGAUCAAGUGGUAGAGGUACCACAUACAAAUACUUUUACAGAGUUCAGAAGGAUGGAAAUAAUUGGACAGAGUUUAAGGGACCCGGAGGUAAAACUGGUCAACAACUUGUUGGAUCCUCUCUAAAGCGAGCCCUGGACGAGCUUAAGAAGACACAAUUUCCCGAGGCAUCUAAGGAUGCGACUACUAUUAUAGUUGGAUCAUCUGUUGGAAGUGGAAUCGGUGGAACCGGGUUGGGUGGUCUUGCCGUAUGGGUCUGGUACAAGUACUUCUUUGACCCUGUGGUACGCCUAGUGUGA